AUGGAUGAACGCUUAGAAGAUUCUCCUCUCUGCGCCCCCAAGGCCGCCAAUCUGGAUUUUGAAGCUCGUGUCCCCGUCCCCUUUAGCGUCUUUCCCUCCACCUACAAGGAGAGUGAGACACAAACCCAGACCCAAACAGUCACUCAGACGCACGAGGAGCUUGAGAUCAAAGUUCCCGAAAAGAAGCCCAACAAGCCCGGACGGGAGGAAAGUCAAUACUCUUCCUUCACCACCAUCGCCGAGUCGAAGCCGCAGCAGCAGCAGCCUCUUCCCCCUCGGAAAGAGCAGCACCGCUACGAAGAAGAGGUCCGCAUCGAAGAACACUACCACCGUCCCGGUGUCCACUACGAGUCCCACAACUACCGUGAGGAGUACCGCCCUGCCCCUCCCGCUCCUGCUCCUGCUCCCUCUCAAUACACCACUCAGCAAGAGUUCCACGACACUCGCAUCCACCACCACGACACUCGCGUUGAGAUCGACACCCGUCACCACGAGCACCUGGUAAACCCGAUUGAUAAAAUCGAACGCCAGUACCGUCAACGCUUCCAGCCUACCUACCACAAGGAGGAAGUCACCGUCGAGACCUACCCGGCUCCUCAUCACCACCACCACCACCACUCUCACUCCGACCACCACUCGGAUCACCACUCCCACCACCAGCACUCCCACGUCGACGAGUACACCGUCGAAUCUGAGCGCCCCCGUCCUCAGCAGUACAAGGAAACCAUCAAGGUUACCGAAGAGACCAUCGAGCCCACUCACGUCUCCAAGCCCCAACACAAGUCUUCCAAGAUGGGUUACUACGACGAGGAUGGCCACUACCAUUCUUUCCGUCAAGGCCUUCACAAGCUGGCGGACAAGAUUGCUCACCCCCAUCAUCACCACCAUCAUCAUCAUGGUCAUGCUGACCGUUACGAAGUCUCCGAGGUUCGCGCCGCUUCCGCCCCCCGCCGCCAGUCUUCCGGCUCUGGCUCCGGUGCCCCUCUCCUCCCCAACACCGUCACCAUCCCCUGCCACCACAUCCGCCUCGGCGACUUCUUGAUGCUCCAGGGCCGUCCCUGCCAGGUCAUCAAGAUCUCCACCUCCGCCGCCACCGGCCAGUACCGCUACCUCGGUGUCGACCUCUUCACCAAGCAGCUCCACGAGGAGUCCUCCUUCAUCGCCAACCCCGCCCCCAGCGUCGUUGUUCAGACCAUGCUCGGCCCCGUCUUCAAGCAGUACCGCGUCCUCGACCUCGCCGAUGGUCACGUCACUGCCAUGACCGAGACCGGCGACGUCAAGCAGGGCCUGCCCGUCAUUGACCAGUCCAACCUCUGGUCCCGCCUCAACAACGCCUUCGAGUCCGGCCGUGGUUCCGUCCGCGUCCUUGUCCUCAACGACGCUGGCCGUGAGCUCGCCGUCGAUGUCAAGGUCAUCCACGGCUCCCGUCUGUAAGCGUAUCACGCUAUGUCAAUGGUUUAUCUAGCAAACAUGUCAUGUACGAAUUACAGAUGAUCAAAUGUAAUGGAAGAAGUUGAAGUCGAUUUUUGGAUAAAACAGAACGGAUAAAGGAUCCCGGAGUCAUUUACGUAGAUAUGUAGCUCUGUAUAUGAUCUGUAAUCCAUAUGUUGGGUACUACA